AUGACAGAAUAUGACUACAGCGAAUCUGUAUAUCUAAACAGAAGCCCUUACCCAGCUCCGUCCAGAGCACCGAAUGAAACCAAACUUCUUUUCAGGGCGCAACGCGUAUCAUCACCCAUCACAACCGAUGGCCCGAUAAAUACUAAGGCCAGAGAUGGGCUCUUAAAUAGGGUCUCAAAACUUCUAAAACUAUCGAGAAAGACUCGCAAACGUCUGACUCCUAUCAGUAAUCUUGCUAGGGACACUGGAAACCACAGCGAUAUAGAGCGAGGUCGCAGCAGAGUUCAAAAGCACUUGGCUGCAUCCACCCCAAACCUUCGCAUAUCACACCGAUCUAUCUCUCCUCAAUUGUUGAAAUUCCCUCCACCUUCUCCAUUUCCUCGUUUCACUAAGCCCAUAUCCGAUGGAAAUCAGGAGCAGAGAGAAUUCAACCAACAAGAGCGUAGACGUCAACGUCAAUUAAGAAGACAAGAAAGGGAGAAAAUCCGUCAGGAUCUUUGGGCUCGCCGUCAAAUGGAAGAUGAAAAGAGAGACAGCGAAGGAGAUUCUGCUUUUAAAAUCCUUCACUCUAGACCGAUCCUAUCUAACCGAUUAUCUGAACGAAAUCUCUCAACUUCGCGAGUUCAUUUACGCUCACGAAAUUCUUCAGUUCAAGGUAUGCCUGAAGGGUCAUCGAAAACCAACAAGAGUGGACUAGUUCCAGAUUUGAGUUCUCCUUCCUUGAAAACAAAAGGUUUGCCCGUUAAACCACGUCAGCGGCUCUCCAAGCCUUUGCCACUUCCACCUGUUGGACGGUUUACUGUUAUAGAUCCCUAUGUCCACUGCGGUGAAUUCUCAAGUCAAAGACAACGGCAUUCUCCCCAGAAAUCCCGCUUCAUUCGUCAUCCCCGUCGCCCUUCUCCCCACCCGUCCUCGGGACAGCGAUCCUCUAGAUCAUCUUAUUCUCGCUCCUCGUCGAUAUCAUCAUUUGGGGGACUUUCGAGCAUUCCUCAAGGAAUACCUCACCAACCCUCUGACUGCAGCAGGCAAUCAUCACCGUCAAUUCGGUCCACAUCUUAUUCACGUUCUCAUUCUCCUUCUUCCAUGCACUCUCUUUCUCCUCACUCUGCCCCAUUGUUACAUACAACAUCCAGCCAUAACAGAGAGGACAAUCAUCGACGGAAAAUUUUCAAAUUACGAUUGCUUUUCAAAGGCCACAAAUUCACUUUUGUGGUUCCAUCCACAAUCAAAUAUGGCCAUCUGGUUGACAGGAUUCGCCUUAAGCUACGGAUCCUUGAACUAUAUAAUGAGGGCCCUUUAAACAUCGAUGUCAAAGACGUCGAAGGAAACUUUACGCGAAUAGAAACGACGGAAGAUAUGCAACAAAUAUUCCAGCAGCAUCAACAAAAUUCCGAUUUCAUUGAACUCUCCAUCACUCCCGCGUAA